CUACAGGUCAAGUUCGUAGUUUAAAGGCUUAGAAUCCAUGCGUAUGGUUAAGUAAAGCAGUGAAUGAGUAUUAUUGUUUUGCGGUGAAGUUGAUAUUGAAAUUUAUGUUUACAAAGGAUUCCUAGAAACUCUUGCGUGGAUUUACACAGUGUAGAUACAGUCACGCGGAUUAUUUAUUAAAUACUAUAUCGACCAUAGGUACCACCAUCUGUUCUAUCAAACCUAUCGUGACAUUUCGAGACGAAAACAAACAAUUAGUUCUGUGCGAUCUUUCUCGAAUAGCGUGUCGCGUAUUAUAGAGUGUAUGUUGCAGAUAAAUAUAUCGUUGGGAGUAAUAUUUCAAUUUCCAUCACUCUCGGUUUAGCACGCAUUUACGUAUCGUUAUACGCAUUACAGUAAGUGCCGUGCAUUUCCUGAUUAACGGCAAGUGAACAGUAGAGGUUAGCGUCUGAAAAAUAGUUCAAGGAUUCGCAUUGUGUGACGAAGUGUCUUCUAACGUAUUUUUUCAUACACUCUUUUUUCACGAGACUUGCGCCAAAAACGUAUAUGUUACACAACGCCGAUGCUUUUGUGAGAUUCUUCAUAAGCACUGCCUGUGAAGACGUACACUCGAAGGCCAAAGCACGUUCUCUUGAGUUCUCGGUGGUUCCAAAUGACAAAUGCAAUGGGAGGAACGAAUCUCCAUACACCUCCAUCCAUAUUUCAACAUAUGAUGAGUCAGCAAAAUACAUCACAACAACCAGAGACAUGGAUGCAAAUGCCACAGGUGCCGCCAAUGUCUAUACCAUGGAGUGUACCAUCUCUCCAACAACCAGAAUUAGUCAGAUUUACCGGGGGACCAAGUUUCGAAUCAGUUCUUCAUCAGAAGAGAAAACUUGAGACCUGCGAUCUGCUAGAUAUGAGACAAACGAAACAGUUUAUAACAGAAGAAAAAAUGGCUGCACAUUUUAAAAGUUUACAUAUUAGUUCCAAUUAUCAACAGUCUUCAGUGCCAUCAACUUCAACAGCUGACUCACAACCAGUUAAUCCUAGGGAGUUGAAUAUGGAACUAGAAUUGGAUGCAGCUAAUGCAGAUCAAAUCAAAACUGGACCCAGGCUAGUUCUUUCAGAGGAACUGAAGAGAAUCCAACAAGAACCAAUCCUUCCAAAUUCCUUGUUAUCCAAAUUGGAAAGGCCCUCCAUGGCUUUAGUCCUUUGGGAACCACCGAGCAAGCAUCUUCGUAUAUUUCCAACUAGAGAUACACCAACUCCGAUUCCUAAUGCGUCCGACGAUAACAAUAACAACAAUAAUAACAACAAUAAUAAUAAUAACGAAGCGAUUGCUGAUCUGAAUCAGACGAUAUCGAGCAAUUCAUCAAUUUUCGAGCCAAUGGAAUUAUGAAGGCAAUUCGUUAGUAAGUUACUUUUACAUCUUUGUAUUUCGUUAGCAAACGAAGAACGCGAUAUCGAGUCGUAUUAUGUACGAAAGUUAAAAGAAACGAAAGUUAUACAUUAUAUUUUUUAUCUGACAUUACAUGUUUGUGUAAGGUUGUGCGAGAUAUAUGGAAUGAAGCCUUUCUAUUAAAUAGAACUAUUCUCUACUAGUUACCUAAUUAUUUAGUUAUUUGAGACAUAUGUACGUAUCAAUUAUUAUAUAAACAUAAAAGCUAAAGAUCAAGUUCCUUUCAUAUAAUAUGAUUUGUGUGUGAAAAUUGAUUAAAGAUAAAAAGAAAUAUAAAAAUGGGAUUCUUUAAUAAAUACGUUCAUGGGUUUAAUGUGAAACUCAGUAUUACUGUAAUUAUUAUUAACACAGCAUAAUUGUAUGAUUAUUAUUAAUUUUACGUUAUCAUUUGUGCUUUCUUGUGUAUGCAGUAUGUUGCGUUUGAUUGCGAUUAAAAUUGUAGUAUGAUAAACAUGCAAUACAUAUAAAAAAGAAAAAGAAAAUAAAAAACAUAAAAGAAUGCGCAAAAACAGGGAUAAAAUAGAAAAAAAGAUUAUUCGUAAUAAGGUAGCUUUAUUUCUACACUAUGUGUAUGUUACACAUAUAUAAUAUUAAGGUUGUGUGAAAUACAAUUCAAUUUACUGUAUGGGUGAUACGUAGAUCGUUUGUCGUGUGAAUGAAUUUACUGUGUUUCUGAAUGUAUGAUGAUUUUGCAUAAAGAUAUGACAACAUUUCA